GGGAGGAGACGCCAGCGUAAUAUUCCCACCGUUUUUUCUCCUCUCUUCGUGUAGAGUCGAAUAAACAAGGGCAUCCAUCGCUCUUUCCAUCUUCCCCACGAACCUGAACCUAGCCAUUUUCCCUCUCUGGGUGUGUGAAAAGAGCUUCCGUGUUUGUUAGUGUGAGUGUGUCUUCCUCCCUACCUGGAAGGUUCGUUUUUUCGCAGGGGGGGAUCACCGAGCCGAGAGAGGCGGAUGCUGCGAGCGUAGAGGCUGGGUACCAACCAGGAGCAUCACCGCACUCACCACGAUGGACAGAAUGAAUUUUCUCUCCUUCUUCCUCCUUUGCUUGACUUCGGUUGCCACUGGCAACAAAGCCAAUAAGCACAAGCCAUGGAUCGAGACAGAGUACCAGGGGAUUGUCAUGGAGAACGACAACACCGUGCUGCUCAAUCCCCCUCUCUUUGCCCUGGACAAAGACGCUCCACUACACUACGCUGGCGAGAUCUGUGGCUUCCGGGUUCAUAAUGGCCCCUCAGGCUCAGGUUCAGUCCAGUUUGAAGCUGUUGUUCUGGACCGCUCCACUGGUGAGGGUCUGGUCCGGUCUAAGGAGCCUCUGGACUGUGAGAGCCAGCGGGAGCACAGCUUUACCAUCCAGGCCUACGAUUGCGGAGAGGGACCUGACGGAGUCAACAGCAAGAAAUCACACAAGGCCACCGUACACGUUCGUGUUAAUGACGUCAACGAGUUCUCCCCUGUGUUUGUCGAGCGCCGCUACGAGGCGUCAGUCCCAGAGGGGCGCCUGUUUGACCGGAUCGUGCGUGUGGAGGCUCUGGAUGCUGACUGCUCCCCACAGUACAGCCAGAUCUGCUUCUAUGACAUCAUCACUCCCAAUGUGCCCUUUGCUAUUGACAACGACGGUAACAUUAAAAACACAGAGCCGUUGGAUUCAAAGCGCCAGCGUGUUCACACCUUCUGGGUGACCGCCUUCGACUGUGGGAAGAACCGAGCUCAGGCUGACGCUCAGGUCGUCGUAACAGUCAAACCGUCCUGCAAACCUGGCUGGAUGGGAUGGACCAAGCGUGUUGAGUACACACCUGGGUCUGGAAGCAUCCCCCUCUUCCCCAGUCUGCAUCUGGAGACCUGUGAGGAGACCGUUUGGAACAUCCAGGCCACCGUAGAGCUGCAAACUGGCCACAUUGGAAAGGGCUGUGAUAGGGACAGCUACUCUGACAGAUCAGUGCGACGGCUUUGUGGUGCUGUGAGGGGUGAGGUCGAUCUCCUCCCACCUCCCUCCCCCACCGCCAACUGGACCGCCGCUCUGCCCACUCUCCCCUCCUCUGACUCAUCUCUGGUGUUUUCCUUCAAUGGGUCAAACCAUGUUGCUGUGGUACCAGAUUCCGUUGUCUCUGCUUUAUCAGGCGAUCACUUCACCCUGCAGCUGUGGAUGAGAAGGGGCGGAGCUAAUAUCCAGCCUGCAACCACUCAGACCAGAGGAAACCGCAAGGAGGAGGAGACGAUUGUGUGCAGUACAGUCAAGAAUGAUGACUCCUUCUCCCACUACUCACUCUCCGUCCACGGCUGCCGUCUCUCCCUCUUUUACUGGCCCGACGUCUCAGCAGCACGGCCCGUCAAGUUCCUGUGGAAACUGGAGCAGGUGUGUGACAGCGAGUGGCAUCACCUUUCACUCAGCGUCCAGUUCCCCUCUGUGACCCUCUACGUGGACGGCGUAACCUUCGACCCGGCCCUCAUCCAUGACAAUGGAGCCAUCCCUAACCCCGUCCCCCGGCAGAGGAUGUUCAUCGGCGCCUGCUGGGAGCCAGAAGAGAAGCAGAAGGAGAUACUAAACAACACCAUCCCAGAGGGUAAAGACUCAGUGAAGUAUGUGGGAGGGUACCACGGCCUGUUGUCGGGGGUAACAGUGCGUCCCGGCAGCGUAGAACCUCACAGUGUGGUCGAGUGUCUGUACGCCUGCAGGGAGGGGCUAGACUUUGGAGAUCUGGAGACCCUGGGCUCUGGCAUGAAGGUUCAUGUUAACCCCAGUCAGUCAGUGUUGGUGCUGGAAGGAGACGACAUUGAGAGUUUUAACCGAGCCGUGCAGCAGGUCACCUACAGGAACUCUCUACGCUUUGCGACCCCUGGAGUAAGACCUCUCAAACUGACCACCUCACUCAGAUGUUUUAACGAGGAGAGCUGCCUUUCCCUGAAGCAGCUGGAGGGGUACCUGGUGGUUCUCCAGCCUGAUGCCCCUCAGAUCUCACUGUCUGGCGUCGGUCCUCAUCUGGCUCGUCCUGCUCCCGAGUUUGAAGGUCCCCGUGGUGUCCCUCUUUUCCCUGAGCUCAGGAUCGUCUGCUCUCUGUCACAUGCUGUCAACACAGCUGCACAGGGGAUGGAGGGAGGAGCUCUGAUGUCUGAUGCUGUGGCUCACACUUUGGAUGGCUGUGAGGUCCAGCCGCUGGGAGAGGAGCUAAAUCCAGAGAGAGAGGAGCUACUGGUGGACAUGGAUGUUGUACGCGAGAGGGGACUGGAAAUCAUCAAUACUACUGCUUACAUUGCCAUCACAGGAGCUGAGUCCAUCUCUGUGUACGAAGAUGUCCUUCGCUCUGUCCGGUACCGAUUGGCCAAAGGCUCAGCCCGCUUUGAAAGGCGUUUCCGUCUGUCUUGCUCUGAGAUGAAUGGCAGAUACACCAGCAAUGAGCUGACUCUGGAGGUGAACUUCCUCCACUCUCUGGACAGCCUGUACCACCCCUCCCACCUGCUGGCCUCCCAGCAGCAGUUCCUCCAUCCGUCCCACCACGCUGGAGAGCUGAGUGGACAUACACUACCCAACCCACACCGCAACUCAGUGGUCCCCGGAGCAGCCACAGUCAUCAUAAUGGUGUGUGUGGGUUUCCUGGUUGUCAUGGUAAUCCUCGGAGUGUUUCGAAUCCGUUCCAUCCACCGCCGUGGAGAAGGUUCCAGGGGAGGGGCUAAGGAGGGUAGCAACCAGUGGGACGACUCUGCCCUCACUAUCAUUGUCAACCCCAUGGAGUCUUAUGAAUCUCGCAUGGGCAUCUCUGCCGACACAGAGGGGGAAGGGGAGGAGGACGAGGAGGUAGCAGAGUCACCCGAUGAUGCCAGUGACGACCAGCGAAUCAUCAUCAAGAAGGAGGGGAGGGACGGAAAUGCCCGCCGCUAUUGAGCCACCAGUUCUCAUGGAAACCACUAACGGGCUCACCAGUCACACACUCCCAACACGUUUAUUAUCUACGACUGCUGACACCACUAGUAUAAGGAAUGUAUGCUUACAAACACUACGCACAACACAGUCACUGUAAUACUCUCAACACUCAGCGCCAUAUGUGACCUAUAGCCAACAAAGGGCCAGUCGUUCUCCACCUAAAUGUUCUAUGGCACAAUGUAAACAGUUAAUGUAAUUUAACUGCCUGAGCAAACCCCACCAAAUUUAUAUGUGGUGCACCAGUUCUGAAUCACGAGAUGGUAAUGUGUCUGUAUAGUGUAUUACUGGUUGAAUGAGACUGCUUUUGUUUAAAAAAGAAAAAAAGAUUGUAUUUUAUCUUUUGUUAUGGAACACAGAAUGAAAUCUAUACAAAAAGAAAGCUGGAAAACAUGCAAACAAGAUACAAAGCCUUGAUUCUGACGUUACUCUGCACUCCUCUAUAAGACUCGAGAAGUCUGUGCACAAGCUCCUAGCAUCCCCUCUCUACACAUUCCUCUAAAACCGCAGAGCAAAAACAGCAAGGUCAGAAAAUAUCUCAUAAAAACCUUUUAAAAAACACUAUGCUUGCAGGUAUUUUUAAUUUAUUGUGACUUAUUUAGUGCUUCAGCUCCUGACUAUGUUUUAUGCAGGGCUGGUGAUAAGCUGACAAAAUUCAAGGACUAUCAACCACACACCUCAUCCUUCGCACACACUCUGCAAUACUGCAUCAAUACAAAACAAAAGGCCUGUAAGUACUGAGUCCAUGCUUUUAGGGGUUCGGGUUGGAAUCUCUGAAAAGUUUCAGCUUGUGCCGCUAAACAACAACAACAACAACAAAAAAACCAUUGAUAAACCCGGUGCAACCUCACCUUCAACCCACCCCUCACAGUGACCACAGGAAUGUCUCCAAAUGACUCUCACUGCACUCUCUCACUCACUGCACUCCUCGCUCUUACAAUAACUGCAAGACGUCACAUGCAAAAAAAACACAGACACACAACACACUUACUUCAUGAUGCUACUACCCCUGCUGUUUCCAGAAUGUCCGCUCAGCUUGGGCAGUUUUGAUUGUAUUGAUUGUAAUGAAUUUUUCUGUACAUACAGUGAUGAAUAUUAUGAUAUUAUUGUUAUUACUAUUAUUAUUGCAGCCACACUUUGAGAGGGAGCAGAUUAUGAUUUACUUUCCCCCCGCUCCAUCACCUUUACAGCAUCAGAAAACAGUAUACAUAUAAUUAAAGAUAAUAAUAGUAGUAGUGAUAAGGAUGAUAAUCCCUGGCUUGAUGAGUGUCUCUUAAUUUGUGUGUAAUAUUGUUGUAAUUUAAGAACUUGUCAAUAUCUGACUCACAGAAAAAUGGAGGGCCCAUUGUUGUUAUACUUAAGACAUGUCUCACUCAUUUCACAUUUCUCGGUUUUUCACUUUUCCGAAAUCACAUUUUUUUUUGUCUUUUUUCACUUCAUACAGUUUGUUUGGUUCAAUGAAUGUACAACUGUGUGCUUCUCCUCACCUAACCCACCCACUCCACCCCCCGCCUUUCCCUCCACCUCUCCCUCUGUGUCUCUUGCUGUCUGUCUGUGUAGCCUAUCAAUGUGCAGUGCUAAACCUGUCAGUAAAUAAAGCCUGUCGUUUUUGACUGUGAUGUUAAGAAGGAAUAAAACAUUGCAUUGAUUAAUAACUUAUAUUAUUACUAUGUUACUAUCGGAAUAUUACCUGUAAUUAUUGAUACGAUGAUGACAUGGAUUAUGCUGACUAAUUGUUAUUGAGAACUGUCAGAAAACAUUACAAAAUUCAUAAUAAAAACACUAUAUGACGUCUA